AUGGUGAUGUUUCUCUACAGCUACGAGGGGGGAGGUGUUGAUGGAGUCGAUGGUGGAGGCACUGCCGGUGAUGAAACCCACACAUCAGCCCGACCUAUUGCAAACCCACCAGCUCACCUCUUACAACCCCCACCUACGAGCCCCUCUACAACCUCCCCAACGGCCCACUUUCAUACAACCCCCCACCCACUCGCCACCUCUUACAACCCCCAACAGCCCAAGAGCCCACCUCUACAACCCUCCCCCAACGGCCCACUUCAUACAAACCCCACCCACUCGCCACCUCUUACAACCCCCAACAGCCCAAAGGCCCACCUCUACAACCUCCCCCAACGGCCCACUUCAUACAACCCCCACCCACCCGCCACCUCUUACAACCCCCAACAGCCCACGAGCCACCUCUACAACCCUCCCCAACGGCCACUUCAUACAACCCCCACCCACCCGCCACCUCUUACAACCCCCACCUACGAGCCCACCUCUACAACCCUCCCCCAACGGCCCACUUCAUACAACCCCACCACACCCGCCACCUCUUACAACCCCACCUACGAGCCCACCUCUACAACCCUCCCCAACGGCCCACUUCAUACACCCCCACCCACCCGCCUCUUACAACCCCACCUACGAGCCCACCUCUACAAACCCUCCCCCAACGGCCCACUUCAUACAACCCCACCCACCCCCACCUCUUACAACGCCCAACAGCCCACGAGCCCACCUAUACAACCCUCCCCCAACGGCUCACCCUUACAACCUUCUCCCACCAGCCCACUUCUUAUAACCCCCACCCACCAGCCCUCCUACCCCUCACCUACAAGCUCGCCUUAUCAACAAAGACAACAGGAGAACAACGACAGAAAAAGUGGAAAAAAUCAACGCUGA